UGGCCAGCGGCCGUUCUUUGUGAGCUAUCGAUGGCGUGACGUCGCGUUAGUGUGUGUAGGUCAGAAAGGAGUAUUCACAUCACGUAUUCUGUUAGCUUUUUCGUUUGGAGAGGGGGGAAGGGGGGUAGAGGAAAAAGAAAGAGAGAGGAGGCUAUAGUGCAGCAGUGAUAGCAAUCACACUGCCUUUUAAAAAAAAAUGCUCAUGUGUGUAUGUGGUUGAGCCAUGAAUUGGAGGAAGUGAGAAAGAGAGAGAGCGAGAGGCAGGGAGGGUGAGAACGAAAGAGCGUACGAGAGUUAAUGUAAAACAGGAUUAAGAACACAAGAUGGCUUCCUGAAUGGACAGAGACCAGAAAGAGAGAGGGAGAAGAAAAGAAAGAUAAAGAAAGACAGAGCGAGAGAGAGGUGGGGGGACACAGAGAGAAUGCUUUGGGUCUUCUGAUGGGGAUACCUCUUGCCACCGAAGAGCAACACACGAAGGCAGCGAGGCCGAGUAGGUGGAAUAUUUUGAAGACGUAAAAACCCGGUCCAUAAUCCCAAACCUGGCUAAAGAGACUGUUUCUGUGGUGGGUUCAGUGGAUGGCCCCAGAGGAAGAGGCCAGAUGGAAAUUGGGUCCCAAGACCGCCUGGAUGAAGGCGUGUUAAACCAGGAACUGUCUAAUGGGCUUAGCAAACAUGCAACAAAUGAAGAAAAUAUUUGUGAUGAAGAAGUCAGAGGCGUGGCCAGGGAGCAACACCAGCACAACUACCACGAGGGAGCUGGAUGUAUUUCCCAGACACUAGGUUGUGUCCCUGAGCAUGCUGGGAAGUCAAAUCCUGAAUCUCAACAGGGUGCUUGGAGUGGCCAAAAUGCCAGUACACCAGUGAAUGAUGUGGAUAUGGAGGAUGCACGAACCCUGGUGGCCUUUUCUGCUACUGUUGGCUCACUGCCACCUUACACCAACCAUCAACCUUCUGAGACUCCUACAGCUCAGCUGUACGAAAGGUUCAAUCAGGAAAUGUCUAAUGGAGGUGAGGAGGGCAGACAGAAAGGUGUGGAUGGUGAGUUGUACCCCCCUGAAGACCUAAACACUCUUCAGGCAGCACUGAGCAAGGCCCGUCAUGGCCACAAGCCCCCUAACUGUGAUUGUGAUGGCCCAGACUGCCCUGACUACCUGGAGUGGCUGGAGAAGCAAAUCAAAAUGGUGGCUAGCUGUCAGGAUAAAGGUUCCUGUAAAAUUUCGGGUGCUCCUCUACAGCCACAUGCACAGCAUCGUAAUGCCCAAUCCCAACCUCAACAAUGUGGAGGUAACUCCUUGUGUGUGCAAGACACAAAUCCACAUCCCCAUGUUAACCAGCCUUCUGCUCCUAGACCCUUUGGCCCACCAGCACCUAUUCCUUGCUCCCCUAGUGUUCUGUCAAUAGCCAAGGAAAGAAAUGUUAGCUUGCAAACAGCAAUUGCAGUUGAGGCUCUGACACAGUUGUCUGCCACUGACCCACAAACUGUUGUUCCUCCAGAUGAGUCUUCACCUGCAAAUCAUCAUCAGCAUCUGCCAACCUCCUAUCCUCAGAGUAUGCCACAAGUGGUCUCUACAUCACCUGGUCCUCUUUUGUCCUCCUCUGCCACCUCUGCUAUGCCACAGUCCAUCCCUCCAGGUCAUUAUCCUCAACAGGAGAUUUCAUGGGAUCAGCAGAGACCUCAGUCUCAGGGGGAGGCCCCUGCACCUAACAUUUUGUCUAGCCCAUCUCACUAUGCUUCCACAUACCCAUCCUCCAAGUCCUCAUUUACAAGCGUACACCCAUUAACCCCUAAUCCCCGACCCCAGCAGUGGAACCAGGGCACAGCUGGAAGCUGCGAGAAAAGCUCCCCUCGGAACGCAUGGAUGAUGGUGAAUACUGAUUCCCAGCCUCGUUUUGUAAACCCAUCCAAAGGCAGUACUGACCCAGUGUCUGAGCUAAAGCAACUCCUUGGAGACACCGGUGGAAAGUACACCAACUCAGCCUUCAAGUUCCCACUCCCUCACCCCAGCUUGCAGGAUGGUCGCAAGGGCAGCCUUACUGGGAUGCCUCACAUCAAGCAGGAGGUGGAUAUAAAGGAGUACCUGGGCACAGGGUGUGCAGUCAUGGGCCGGGAGGGGGUGGUAAAUGGCCAGCAGCAGUUCCACGGCCAGCAGUUUUCCCCCACCAUUAGGCACUCAACUCAGGCAGCACUACAGCAGCACCUUCAUCAUAAACGUAACCUCUUCUCUAAUUCCCCUACCUUCAAUCCGUUAGCCCCCGUGGCUUGUCAAAACCUUCGUAAGUGGUGGCCACAGACUAUUCCAGAGGGUCCUGUAACCAUCAAACAGGAGCAAAAAGAACCCAAAAAGAAAAAGAGCGCUCAGAGUUCUCCUCUUCUCAAGCAGCCAAUGGGUGGGCUUUUUGGUCCACUGGGCACACCUCUUCCAAAACCCAAACAGAUUGUUAUCAAGAAGCAUAAACAGAAAGCUUCCCAACCAACUUUCCUCCCACAUAACCAGAUUAUAAUAUUGAAACCUCCCCUCAUCUCCCCAGGAUGUGCACCAUCCCUAUCUCAGCUUGCUCCAUCUUUACCAGGCAUGGAAUCUGGGCUUCCCCCCUCUCAGGUGGCUGAGAGCCACCCAGCUCCAGCUCAGUCUCAGGAAUCCAUUUUGAAUAGCAGCAGUGCACCUAUCUCUGAAAACACUCUUUCUUGUUUUACUCCUGUGUCAGUCCUAGCACCAUCCACCCAGAAGGUGAUAGCUUGCUCAGGCCCAGCUGGGUCAGAUGCUAGCAUCCCAACAACCAGUAUCACACCUCAAACCUCUACAACACAGCAGACUCCUUCUCUGGCUGGCCUUAGUAACCUAGAUCCAAAAUUUGAAGAGCCGAUUCGCCAGUUUGAGGAGGAGUUUGGGGACACCAUUUCCUCAGCUUCUGCAGCAGAGACCCCAGAGAAUGGCCCUGCUCAGCCAGUGGUGACCGAGUCACAAUCAAACUCAGGACAAACCAGACCCGAGUCACCAUCCCCAAAGCAGCCAAAUAACUGCCCUCCUUUUCCCUCAAAUGAUUCUGACCCCAUGGAUGCAGGUCAAAAGGACAUGGCUGAAAGACUGAAAGUAAAAACACCAUUGCCAUCUGAGGAGCAUUGUACUAUCAAACAGGAAAGUAAGGAAUGUGAGGUAGAUGUGAAACCUUCUGGGCAGCCCUUGUCUGUAGCUCAGGAUGCAUUUCUGGAGCGACAGCACCCCUUCGUCACACCUUUCUCCCCUCCAUCUAAACGUAUAAGGAUUGAGUCAUCUGGUGGCGUGACAGUGCUCUCCACAACUGCAUGUUUGUCUACAGACAGAGAGAGGGCUGAUUUGAAUACUCCCACCAAGGAUAUCUUUCCCUCCUCGCCUUCACUUAAAGGUUUUCUUGAGUCACCAUUGCGUUACCUGGACACUCCUACCAAGAACCUGCUAGAUACACCUGGGAAAGAUGCCCAACCUGAGUUUCCCACCUGUGACUGCGUAGAUCAAGUCCUAGAAAAGGAUGAGGGUCCAUAUUACAAUCACUUGGGAUCUGGGCGAGACAUUGCUUCAGUCAGACAACUAAUGGAAGAGAGGUAUGGGGAGAAAGGCGAAGCCAUUCGUAUUGAGAGGGUGGUUUACACAGGGCAAGAAGGAAAGAGCUCUCAGGGAUGUCCUAUCGCUAAGUGGGUGAUUCGUCGCAGCAGUGAGAAGGAGAAAUUGUUAUGCGUUGUGAAGCAACGGCCUGGGCACCACUGUGUCAGUACUGUUAUUGUUGUUGUCAUCCUGUGCUGGGAGGGCGUGCCCCGUGCUCUGGGAGAUAAACUCUACAAAGAAAUAACAGAAACCCUCAUCAAAUAUGGCAAUCCCACCAGCCGCCGCUGUGGACUCAAUGAUGAUCGAACCUGUGCAUGCCAAGGGAAGGACUCAGAAACCUGUGGAGCUUCCUUCUCUUUUGGCUGCUCCUGGAGCAUGUACUUCAAUGGAUGCAAGUAUGCUCGAAGCAAAACCCCUCGCAAGUUCAGACUGCAUGGAGACCACCCCGAAGAGGAGGACAAUCUCAGGGAUAACUUCCAAAACUUGGCCACACAUGUGGCCCCUGUGUAUAAGAGGCUGGCUCCCCAGGCCUACAGUAACCAGUGUUUAAAUGAGAAGAUUGCCUCAGACUGUCGGUUGGGUUUGAAGGAAGGACGGCCAUUUUCAGGAGUCACUGCAUGCAUGGAUUUCUGUGCCCAUGCUCACAAAGACCAGCAUAACCUCCACAAUGGCUGCACUGUGGUGUGCACUCUUACGAAAGAGGACAAUCGCAGAGUGGGCACAAUCCCAGAAGAUGAGCAGCUGCAUGUGCUUCCGCUCUACAAGAUUUCUUCAACCGAUGAAUUUGGAAGUGAGGAGAACCAGCGUCUCAAAAUGCAUACAGGAGCCAUCCAGGUGCUCACUAACUUCCGUCGACAGGUUAGAAAACUUCCAGAACCUGCUAAAUCCUGCCGGCAGCGUCGGUUGGAGGCCAAAAAGGCUGCAUCUGAGAAGAAGAACAGGAAAUUGCAGCUUGCAGAAACCCCAGAGAAGACUGUCAAGAUGGAGAUGCACCACGUGGAGUCACCCCACCCUCAGCAAGGCAAUAAAGCUAUUCCAAAACAGGAGGUGAAACCAACCAUCAAAAAGCCUGUUGACCGCUUCCAGCCCUUCAAUGGAGCCAUACAUGGCUACCUGGCACUAGGGAACGGCAAGACAACCUCUGAUCCACACAGCAUGCACAGUUCGUUGUCAUACCCUGGAAACUAUGCAAGAGGUUGCAUCCCUACCAACAGCCAACCUCCUGCACAGAGCCCCAUCAAUGGCUUUCACCCCAACCUCCAAGAAAUACGCUACGGUUAUUACAACUACCCUCCCAGCGCACUUUUUGCUCCUGAGCUCUUGGGAUAUGAUAAUGGUGCCUGGCCCAAAGCUGGAGAACCCUCUGCCACACCAUUUGACCAGAAGCCCGAUGUUCAGUGUCUUCAAGCCAAACUGGCACAGGCCUAUCCCAGCCGUCCUGUGCAGUCACAGCAGCAAAUGGCUGAUGCAUCCAUUCAAGGCUUCCCACAAGCUUCUGAGGUUUCCCAGUCUCCUGUUCCACCCAGUCGUACUCCAUCACAUGAGCAGACACACCGCUCUACACCCAUCAUCAAGCAGGAGCCCAUGGAUGUGCCCCUAUAUGAUGGCAGAUCGGAUGGGCAAGCUCAAAGCUGCCCUAGCACUCCCAGUACCAUGCCAAAACCUGAAGGCUGGCCUGGGCACAAACCAAACGGCAGCCUAGUCCCUCAAGGCUGGGAUGGGAAUAUCAGACCAGGUCCAACUGAUUUGCCUUUCACUCCGGACAAGCAGAGGCUCCACCAGCAACACCCACACCAACAUGAACACCCUCAGUAUCUGCAGCAGCAACAAUGGAAUUCCUAUUCCUGCCCUAACACUCCAAUGCCAUCCCCUGCCCCAUCUCCGUCCCCAUCCCUAAAAGCAGGUCCAUCACCUGCACCCUCUCCACAUCCGUCCACCCCAAGACAGUGGGUUAGCCCUGCCCCUAGUCCACAACCUAAAGCAUGGGGUCCUUGUGGACCCAUAGGUUACGGCACUGGUUGUAUAAGGCAAGGCAAUCCUGCUGGUGCUCUCCCUGAUAAAAUGCUUUCCCAAGCAGGUGAGAAUUGUGGGUCUGCACCUCUGGGACUCCAGGAGAAAGCCUGGAAAUCUGGUGGUGGAUCAGCAGCAGGCAGCACACCAUCUCUGGCUCCUGAGGGACGCUUGUUUCCCGAUGCACUGCAAAAGUCGGAUGGUCAGGCAUGUUGGGACAGUGAGGCAGAGACCCAGAGUGAACGUGACCCUGAGGAGGAAGAGGUGUGGUCAGACAGCGAACACAACUUCUUGGAUCCCAACAUUGGAGGAGUAGCAGUGGCCCCUGCUCAUGGUUCUAUCUUGAUUGAGUGUGCCCGUCGAGAGCUCCAUGCCACCACGCCACUUAAAAAGCCUGACCGCUCUCACCCAAGCCGCAUAUCCCUGGUCUUCUACCAGCACAAGAAACUGAACCAGCCCUGCCACGGUCUGGCUUUGUGGGAAUCCAAGAUGAAACUCCUGGCCGAGCGAGCACGACAGCGGCAACAAGAAGCAGCUCUUUUGGGUCUCUCACAGGAAGAUCUUAAGGCCUAUGGGAAAAAACGCAAGUGGGCGGCUGGAUCAGCGAGCCCAUCCCCUGGACAAACCAAGGACAAACGAGAGGGUGUGAUGACACGGAUGGCGCCCACACAGCAUACCGCCACCCUAGUCACAGUUUCACCCUACCCAUCCACACACCUCACUGGUCCUUACAGUCGAUUUGUGUGAACUCUUGUAGACUGUUGCCCCUUGGAGCCAGAGAUAGGAAUAAAAAUGAUAAGGAUCAUUUUACUCCUUUACCAUUUGCUUCCCCUCUUCUAGCUCUAAAACCUCUCUCAGGCCACCACAAGGGAGGGAGAAUAGAGGAAGGGGCACUUUUUCACUUUUUUUCUUUUACCUCAAAUUUUGGCAGCAGUUUGGGAACUCCUCAAACAGACAUGCUGUCUAUGGUGCUCUUGCUCUCUCCAACGUGGGAGGGAUUUCCAUAGCUACCCCUCCUUAAGUGAAUUUGAUGAUCCUAAUUAUUAUUGCUCUAUUAUCAAUAUUAUUACAAUUGCUAUUGUUACUGUCAACGUUGAUAUUACAGGUAUUGUUAUUAUAUAAUGAAGAUGACUUUUUUAUUUUAAUGUUAUUGUUUUUUUUUCAUCUUUGUUAUUAAUAUUAUGAUUUUUAACCCCUCUUGACUAAGAGGGACUUCCUUUCUUCAUUCUUGCUUGUUCAUUAUGAACAUGAGAACAAGCUAAUCAGCAUUUUUGUUGCGCUUUCCGCCUCUCCCACCCCCACCAACCUCUCUAUUAAUGAAGCGCCAUCUUAUCAUUGCAAGUCACAUUUAUGACUGCAUCAAGGCAUAUCUAGAGUAUUUGCUCAUUGCGCUAGUCACUGAACACGUGACCAAGAAAGAGAGGACCAGACACCAGCUUGGGCCUUUCUGUUUGGUGCCACUCUAAUGAAAUCUGUAAAGUUUCUCAUCCCUUCAAAUGGUGCUUCUUUUCUGUCUCAAGUGUCUCUAAAUUUGCCCUCACAAUAUUGAGGCAGGUGCUGGACCUGGGUGCUCUUUAGCAGCAGAUGUCAGUCAUGUUCAGUGGCAGGGACCUCCCAGUCCCAAUGAUGGCUCAGCCUUCCAUCAUGCCAUCUGAUUGGUGCUGACUCAUUUGUCUGCAGUUUCAUUGGCCAUUUUUCACUACCCAUGUGACAUUUUUUAGACUAAGUUCUCUAAGGUGCUGAUAGUGCUAGCAAAAAUCCACCUUAAUCAAACCGCCCUAAAGAGCUGCUGAUAACCCACCAUGGGUCUUAUGCUUAUGAUUUCCAGAAUCCAGACUCAGCUCAAACAGGGAAUUCUAAAAUCAUCAGCCAAUUUUUAUUGGCUUAAAAUUCUGCAAUCUCUGCUUGAUUCACCCUAGAUAUGUUCAGAUUGACUGUAGAGCGGAGACUUUGAGCUGCAGUAG